AGUGAGUGAAAAGUGAAGUGCUAAGAGAAACUUCGUGGAAGCAACAACCUCUCUCCACCACUUACCAAUCAAUCAAAAUCAAACAUUUUGUUUUGUUUGUAACAUAAAAACAAUAUCAUAAGCAUAAACAUAUCCAUUGCUUCUAUCUCUAAAUCCAGUGUCACUGAAGACACUCAAACACACCAAAAGCUUCGAUCUUUGUUAGUGUGUUAUGCUUUUUCACUUCAUUCUCUCUUACCCACCUCUUCAAGGAUAAAGAAUCUAUGGGUGGAUCAAGUUCUAAAAGAAGUAGUUCUAGGCGUUCAACCACGAGGUCGAAUUCAAAUUCAUGGUACCCUCAAUAUCAAACACCUUCUUAUGCACAAAACCCUCAGUAUCAUGAGCCUCAGGGUUAUCAAUAUCAUGGCAAUACAUCUCAAAGCUAUGGUGGCAGCGGGAGUGGCCGUCCCGCGGAGCAGAAGAAGAGGUUGGAUAGGAAGUAUUCGAGGAUAGAUGACAAUUAUCAUAGCUUGGAGCAGGUAACCGAUGCUCUGGCAGGUGCUGGCCUAGAAUCUUCCAACCUCAUUGUUGGUAUUGAUUUUACAAAGAGCAACGAGUGGACAGGUGGAAGAUCAUUUCAAAGGAGAUGCUUGCAUCACAUUGGUCACGAGCAAAAUCCAUACGAACAAGCUAUAUCUAUCAUUGGGAAAACAUUGUCUUCCUUCGAUGAGGAUAACCUGAUUCCUUGUUUUGGGUUCGGUGAUGCAUCGACACAUGACCAAGAAGUUUUUAGUUUCUACCCGGAUGAUAGAUUUUGUCACGGAUUUGAAGAAGUGUUGUCACGAUAUCGGGAAUUAGUCCCUCAAUUAAGGCUUGCAGGACCGACAUCAUUUGCCCCAAUUAUUGAGAUGGCAAUCUCCAUUGUUGAGCAAAGUGGAGGCCAGUACCAUGUCUUAUUGAUCAUAGCUGAUGGACAGGUAACAAGAAGUGUUGAUACGGAGCGUGGUCAAUUGAGUGCGCAAGAAAAGAACACGGUAGAAGCUAUCGUGAAAGCAAGCGAAUAUCCCUUAUCAAUCAUUCUUGUUGGAGUUGGCGACGGGCCGUGGGACAUGAUGAGAGAAUUUGAUGAUAACAUCCCUGCCCGAGCAUUUGAUAAUUUCCAGUUUGUGAAUUUCACGGAAAUAAUGUCAAAGAACAUGGAUCGAUCACGUAAGGAAGCAGAGUUUGCACUUGCUGCUUUGAUGGAAAUACCCUCUCAGUACAAGGCAACACUAGAACUUAACAUAUUGGGUGCUCGCAGAGGGAAAGAUAUAGACAGGAUUGCUCUACCACCGCCGCUAUAUGGUUCCAAUACGCCAUCUUAUAACUCUCCGAAAGCUUCGCGACAAAACAGUUUCCGCCCCACUGCGCCAUCUCACAGUCAAAGACACGAUGAUGUUUUUCCCGCACAUCCUCCUGCGACUUCUGCAUCUGAUAACCAGCUUUGUCCUAUUUGUCUUACUGAUCCCAAGAACAUGGCAUUUGGUUGUGGGCAUCAGACAUGCUGUGAAUGUGGACAAGAGCUUGAAUUAUGCCCCAUAUGCAGGAGUACUAUUGACACAAGAAUUAAACUUUAUUAAUGUUAUAUAUCUCAAUUUUUUUUAAGAAAAAAAAGAAAGGAUUGUGUGCAACUUUCUUGGUGAGGUGUGUAAGUAGGAUGGGCAACAAAAUAUUGCUUAUUCAGGUCCUUAUUUGUAAAUAUUUUGGUAUUUAUUGGUUCAACAAA